GACACACUCAGUUGUGGAUGAGUCGUAGCUACUAAUGUACGGAGGCACGAACACUCACAGACUGACGGAAUGGGUCACGUUUGGUUUUUAUGCACAGUUCUAAUUUUAUUCGCCUUACCUGGAGGGUGGUUUGAACCUGUUAUCACUCCCAAUGCCACUCAUCUGGUGAUACCAAAAGGUGGACAACUGCAACUCAGUUGUUUUGAUAAUGCAGAGGCGAGCAAGGUGCAAUGGAUGCGGGAAAAGGGUCGUAAAAUUGAGGGAGGGCUAGAGGAAGAUGGAGCUAGUAUUAUCCUCCUCACCUCUACACAGGUACAGCAUAUGGGCCGUUACACCUGUGAAAACAUACAAACGAAGGAGAGGAGCUCCAUCUACAUCUAUGUGAAAGGUGGGUUUUAUUUACGCUCCAUGUUGGAUGGCAUUUUGGUCAGGGAAAGAGAAGAUGGCACUCUUCCUUGUUUAGUAACAGAUCCAGCUGUCAAUCAUCUGUCCCUUCUGACCUGUGGGGGCUCUGGUCUACCAGCUGGUCUCACCUACAAUGCACACCCCCAGAAAGGGAUCACCAUCAAAAAUGUCUCAAGAGCUUUUGAGGGUUGCUACAUUUGUGCAGGAGAGCUGGAUGAAAAACCUGUGAAAUCAAGCCCGUAUAACUUGGGUGUACGGCCAGUUCCGGAGACAGUGCCAUCGAUCAGCCUAUCCAGAAUCGAAAAUGUGAUUCUGAUUCAGGGUCAGGAGUUUGUGCUCAACUGUAGCACCAUCAACAUCAACCAUGAUAUCAGCCUGAGCUGGAGUAUCCCUUCUGAAACGAUAGCAAUGCAAAGCAAAAAAUCAAACAUCCUGCCUGGUUCGCGAGAGUAUCAGCGCUCAGCAGGACUGCACAUCAAAUCUGUGAAGAUGAAUGACUCAGGAGUCUAUCGCUGUAUUGCAAGGAAUGAGAAAGGUGUCUCUAUGGCAACUGUCAAUUUGGAGGUUUACGAGCAUGGUUUCCUUAACCUUACGGAGGGAGAAGACAGGGUGGUGGAGGUGAGAGAGGGAGAAAGUCUGACCCUCAGCGUGGAGAUGACUUCAUACCCCAGUCCCACCGAAGUCUACUGGAUCUAUAACAACCAACAGCUCAAAAACACAUCUGAACACGUCAUUACACUGCACAACCAGCAGUACAGGUACAUCAGUAAAAUAAGGUUGGUUCGAGUUCAUGGAUCAGAGGGCGGGAUCUACACUUUCUCAGCCAAUCACACAUAUGCAUCUGUCAAUCAGUCAUUCACCGUCCAUGUUAUAUGUAAACCAGUGAUAGUUUCCCAGGAGGGGCCGGUUGAUGGACAGGUGCGGUGUGUUGCUUCAGGAUAUCCUGUCCCAAAAAUAUCUUGGUACUACUGCGAGCCGCCACAUACACGGUGCUCCCACCUGUUGAAUGCGACACAGGCAGAUGAGGAGUUUGCUGUGGUCAGAGUGUCAGGGGAAGAAUUUGGACGAAGCGAGGUGGAUAGUCGACUUAAUGUCAGCAAAGGAAAAUUUCACACACUUGAGUGUGUGGCAACAACCCAGGGAGAGCAGGCCUACACCCUCUUUUCCAUCAGUGAGAGAACAGUGCCCCAUAAGCUGUUCACACCUCUGCUGUCUGGUGUCAUGUCUACAUCUGUUCUGCUCAGCUUCUUUCUGGUGGUUCUGCUCUACAAAUUCAUGCAGAAACCCAAAUAUGAGAUCCACUGGAAGGUGAUUGAAAGUUUUGAUGGGAACAGUUAUACCUACAUAGACCCAACGCAGCUGCCUUAUGACCCCAAAUGGGAGUUUCCACGGGAGAGACUGCGUUUUGGUAAAGUCCUCGGCUCUGGAGCGUUUGGGAAAGUGGUGUCAGCUACAGCAUAUGGACUUUGCUCAGCUGAUACAGUAUCCAUCGUUGCUGUAAAAAUGCUAAAACCGAGUGCUCACUCCACUGAGAAAGAGGCUCUAAUGUCAGAGCUGAAGGUUCUGAGCUACAUUGGCAAUCAUAUAAACAUUGUCAACUUGCUUGGUGCCUGUACAGUAGGAGGCCCCACUCUGGUGAUCACAGAAUACUGUUGCUAUGGCGACCUACUGAAUUUCCUGAGAAGAACGCGGGAUGCAUUUUUCAGUUCCAAAACAAGCGAUGGUUAUUACAAAAAUCUGCUCAGCCAAACACAGCCUUCAAGAGAGGGCACUGAUAAUGGAUACAUGCCCAUGAGGUCGUAUCAGAAAAGAUCGAAUCAGACAGAAUGGUGCGAUGAUAAAGAUGAUCUCUCUUUGGAUACUGAGGAUUUACUCAGCUUCUCAUAUCAAGUUGCUAAAGGCAUGGACUUCCUCACAUCCAAAAAUUGUAUUCACAGAGAUCUGGCUGCCAGGAAUGUAUUACUGACUCAGGGUCGGGUAGCAAAGAUAUGUGAUUUCGGUUUGGCACGUGACAUCACAAGAGAUUCCAGCUACGUCCUGAGAGGAAAUGCACGUUUACCUGUGAAAUGGAUGUCCCCAGAGAGCCUGUUUGCUUGCGUGUACACUUUUGAGAGUGAUGUCUGGUCCUAUGGCAUCCUAUUGUGGGAGAUCUUCUCUCUGGGUAACACGCCAUAUCCGGGUAUUCCAGUUGGAUCCACAUUCUAUAAGAUGAUACAAGAUGGAUACAGAAUGAGCGAGCCUGAGUUUGCCCCAAGUGAAGUUUAUGAGGUCAUGCGAUGGUGUUGGAGUGCUGACCCUCUGAAGAGACCAACCUUCAAGAAACUGGUGGAAAGGACUGAACACCUUCUGUCGGAGACCACCAAACAUGAUUACUUGAAUCUCAGCACUAGUGGCAGCUGUGAGGCGUUUGUUCCUCCAGGCCUGCAGAGGGCAGAACGGCUGAGUUCUGUGGCCAGCUCGACAGCCUCAACUCAACCCCUGCUGCAGGCAACAAAUGAUGUUUUUCUGGAGCAUCAGAGCAUAUAAAUGACAUCUUGUCCUUGUUUUGCCUCAUUUUCUCAAUAGGUUUGACCUAAAUGCCUUAUUCUACAUGUAAGUUCUAACUGUAAUUGUGGCAUUUAAGUGCACCCUCCUGCUCUCUAUUUGGCUCAGUGCAACUCCGUUGGCCUCGUCUUCCAUUAUAUUUCAAACUACUCAAGACAGCAUUUCCAGCCACGUAACUGUUAAUGUAUUUUUCUAACUGCAGCUGGGGCUCCGUUUUAAGGUAUUGAUCUACAUAGUAUUUUGAGUGCAUGAGCAGCUAAUGUGGCCAUGCAAGCAUUUAGAAAUAGAACCUAAUGUUACCUCAUCAGAUAAAUGACCUGCUCUCCCAAUGAAAUCAUUGUGUAGUGGCCUGUGAUGAAUUUGUGUUGUGUAUUAUUUUGUCUUUGACCGGGUGUACAUCUAGAAGUAUGCCUUGACUGAACAGUAAGGUAGGCCAGUGGAGUUACAAUACUGAACCCAAGGUGAUUCCCAUUUAAUGUCACUAUCUGAAGCACUUAAUAACAACAAAUAGAGGUUGUCGUUAAUGCAUUUGUACUAUUUUCAGCAUGUGAUUACUCUCUAGUGAGUGUUAUAUUGCAUUAAUGUAUCUAUGAGAUCCCCAUCUCAGCUUCAAGCUGUACUUACUGGUAUUAAUGUCAUAUUUAUUAACAACCUAGGAAAAGUUUACAUUGUUUUGUUUUAUUGUCAAUUUUGCUUGAGUUUGAAAUUGAAAUUUUGAGCUGUUGAGAAUGUGUGUUUAUAUAUAAAGUUGUUUGUUGCUGUGUAAAACUGAGAUAAUCAUGAUUGGAUUUCUUUGGAUUUCUUGUAAUAACUGACUGGGUUCCAUUCUUCAAAAGUGGCUAACUUGGCUACUUUACCUGGAGUAAGACACAAGUUUCCAUUCUUGAAGCAUGCUUAAAAGUUGAUAAACAUAUCUGACAUCUGCUUGUUGUGAAUUAACAAGCUAAUUAUCCCAGUAGAUGUCCAACAUUUAUGCAAAGUUAUUCAAAAAUGAAUCCAGCUGACUUAACCACGUUUGAAGGAUGGAAUGUUGGUCUCAAAAAGAAUGAAAUGUUUUUGAAUGUUGACUGUGACAAAUAACUGCUAUCAGAUUCGACUCUGUAAAUAUCUGGUGUCAGCUAUUUUUUAAACUUUUAGAGUGUUAUGUCAGGGGGAAAAGGCCAGUAGUAAGUGUUCCUGUUUUUAUACAGAGUAAAUGAAAAUAAAUGAUAACUUGUGAAGGAUA